UGGGAGGUCGAGCCUCUGAACCGUUGCAUCUUCGGCAUACUCGCGUGUGUUAUCAUGAUGCUGCUUUGUGUUUGGACCGCCGUACAUCUAAACAUCAGCGAAUAUGGAAAGUGGAAGGAGCAGAUGGCAAGGAAGUUUGGUUGGCUUGUCGCAGCUCUUUUAGCACCUGAAAUUGUACAUAGUUUUGCGCUUCUUGAAUUCGAUUUAUCAUGCUCGUGCGCCAGCCACAAGACAAGGCCGAUGUCAAGGACACAUACCUAUUCGUCAUACACAGCGAUGGGAGGCUUUUUCGUCGACACUCGCGACUUGGAUACAACGUACCUGCCCGGUGACCGACAGAAAAUGGCGCUCACAGUCGCAAGGGUCAAGUUUGUCGCUAAGCAUGACUCUUCCCUACUGCCUGAUUUAUCUGAAACUAAGAUUCAGGAUAAGAGUAAAGCUAACACUUUCACGAACAUGCUUACCUGUGGACAGGCGGUAUGGUUAGUUAUACAGUGUGUGACGAGAUGGUCUCAAGGGUUCUCUAUAUCACUGUUGGAAAUCAAUACGGCUGUUCAUUCGCUCUGUACCUUGAUAAUCUACUUCCUUUUCUGGUGGAAGAAGCCUCUGGAUGCCGACGAGGCAACAACCUGCCAAGGCCAGGAGAUACAUACCCUAGGUCCCCUCAAGGCUGCCCGGUAUUUGUUCUGUCUGCGCACACCCUUGCGCUGA